AUGGCCACACCCACAGCAUCUCCUUCGUCUCUGACUCUGCUUUUGUGUGAUCAAUCAUCAAUGGCUGCGAGCGGCAAAAAAUCAGGUGAAAUAUUCCCCAGCGAGGAAGCUGUGGCGGAGGCUCUGGCUGAAUACGUAGCUGAGCUAUCGGCUAGGUUCCUCAAAGAUAAACAAUUUUUCACCGUCGUUCUCUCUGGAGGUACCCUGAUCCACACUCUCAGGAAAUUACUCGAGUCUCCUUACAGGGACGAGGUGAAAUGGUCGCGCUGGAAAAUCUUUUGGGUGGAUGAGAGAGUAGUCUCUCUAAAGAGCCAGGACAGCAACUAUAAACUUGCCUUUGACGAAUUUUUAUCCAAGGUACCCAUUUCUCAGAGUAAUAUCUACCCCAUGAUGCCCAGAGACGGCAGUAUUCCAACACCGGAAGAAGCAGCCGACCGUUAUAAUGGCAUUCUCAAAGAACUGGUUGAUUCCAAAAUCCUGCCAUUGUCGGCUACUGGGUAUCCAAAAUUUGAUCUCAUGCUACUGGGUACGGGCCCAAGUGGAACUGUGGGUUCUCUAUUCCCCAAUCGUCCUCAACCUAAUACGGACAAGCCAUGGGUUACCUUCCUCGAUGACGCACCAGAAAAACCUCCAGGAAGAGUUACUUUGGUCUUUCCAGUAAUCGACUCAGCUUCAGAGAUUGCAUUAGUGGUCACUGGGAUCAAGUUUGCCCUUGUGGUGUAUGUAGUGAUGGGAGGCCAUCGUCCUCCUGGCCUGCGAAAACUUCCAGUCGAAAGGAUUCAAUCUAAACAAAGGAGCGUCACCCGGUUUCUGGACCAGGAUGCUGCUGCUUUUCUUCUGCCGAAGUAG